AACGCUCUGACUCUGAAUUGCCGCUGUCCUUUUUGUCCUUUCACAGCCGCCGUAGUUGGAAGCUAUAAUCAAAGAUGGCGCUUCCCAUGCGGAAUAACUUGAAACAUUUCCCCAGAUUCAUUCAGAAGUUAAACUCGCCUGUAAGGUUGCUUUGCGCAGGACUUCGUCCGGAAAACAAGGAGGCUCCAAGAAGUGGCCGUGUAUUCUCAGGGAUUCAGCCUACUGGAGUGCCCCACCUGGGAAAUUACCUGGGUGCUCUGGAGAACUGGGUGUCCCUGCAGGACCAGUACCCCUCAGUCCUCUACAGCAUUGUGGAUCUGCACUCCAUCACCCAGCCCCAGGAUCCAACACAGCUCAAGAGUAACAUACUGGACAUGGCAGCCAGCUUGUUGGCCUGCGGUAUCAACCCAGAGAAAGCGAUACUCUUCCAGCAGUCUCAGGUGUCCGAGCAUGCUGAGCUCUCCUGGAUCCUCGGCUGUCUCACCAGUAUGCCUCGGCUCCGCCACCUACCACAGUGGAAGAUGAAGAGCAAAGUGAAGAACGAAGGUAGCGUUGGUCUCUACACAUAUCCCGUCCUCCAGGCUGCUGAUAUUCUUCUCUACAAGUCCACUCACGUCCCUGUCGGAGAAGAUCAGGUCCAACAUUUGGAGCUGGCUCAGGAUCUUGCUCGCAUCUUCAACAACCGCUACGGAGAGCUGUUCCCUGAACCCUGCGCCCUGCUCAGUAAGAAUACGUGGCAUGAUGGCGUGUACACACUCAUGAUUUAG